GACAUUCUGCCGGAAUAGAAAGAGAAAAAAACUCCUUGUAUUUAAGCUUUUGUAAUGAAUUUCACCACAACUUACCGCCUUAACAGGACACGACCAUGUGAAAAAAAAGCAUUUAAAAAAAUGUUGCGCAUUUAUCUUUUAAUAAUCAUUUUAUUAUGGCAUUUUUCCAACGAAAUGGCCGCGAAAAAGACCCUUAAUGUGGAAUUAUACAACUUAAGCUGCAGCUAUUACACGGAACUUGUUAAGCAAUUCUCUUGCGAUUUUCGAAAACUGGCGACAGGUAUCUUCGCUUUAAACGCCAACUUGGUAUUGAAUCGAUCAUUGGCCAAAAAUGCCGAGGUGGCCAUAACCAUAGCUGUGAAUUUACCAGGGCAAACCAAAAAGAUUCAAGUUUUAGAUGUGAAGCUCAAAGUUUGUGAUAUUCUAAGCAAUAUGGGUAAGGUGCCAAUGAUUAAGAAGCAUUUUAAUGAGCUAAUGAGAAGCAGUACCUUGCCUAUUCUAUGUCCAAUAAAGGGAAACGUUUUGUAUAAAAUCAAUAAUUAUACCAUCACCAAUGAUUUUUUCCCCAACUAUACGCCAGUUAUGAAUUUUAAUUAUACUGUCGAUUUUUAUGAAAGUAAUAAUAGGCUAGUUUGCAAAUACUUCCUGGCAGGAGCUACGGUGGCUAGAAACUAA